UUUCGUACAACAUUGCUUGAAGGCUGUCUCCAAAUCACAUUCAUAACAACUUACAUAAAUGCUUAAUGACAUGUUCAUAAAUGUUUAAAUCAAUAAUCAUAAGGAAUACAUGUUUUACAUGAUAUUAAUAUGGACUACUGUGUCAGUUCACUGGGAGACCUUUUUCAAAAUUAGAGUCCUCUAUUUUUAUUUUGAAUAACUACAUUAUUUCAGUGAAACGCCUCAUUCCUGAACAGCCAAAAUAAAACUGACUUCACUUUUCCCUCUUUGUGUGCUUUGACACUUAGACAUGUUUCACCUAUACUUUCAAUGCAGUGUUUAGUCGAGAUGCUGUGAAAACUUUUGCUAGAUUGGAGAGGUGUUACUUGUGGGCUGUGCUAAAAAGAUUUGGAUUUGGAACUUCUUUUAUUAAUAUGAUUUAAACUUUCUAUAGAAACCCAACAGCAGGUGUUUCCACAGGUUAUAUCAUUUCUCCACAGUUCCCAAUCCAGAGGGGAACAAGACAAGGUUGCCCUCUUUCACCGAGUCUUUUUCUGCUUUCAUUAGAACCUUUAGCCCAGGCAAUUAGGCAAAACUCAUUAAUUUCACCUAUAUGCAUUACUAACUCUGCCCACUAUAUUUCAUUGUAUGCUGAUGAUAUUCUUCUUUUUCUUUCAGAUAUCAAUAACUCAGUAUUGGGUGCCCUCUCUUUAUUGAAUAAAUUUGGGUGUUUUCGGGCUACAGAAUUAACUGGGCAGAGUCGAUCAUAAUGCCUCUUGGUUCCGUCUCUGGUAAACUCAACCUUCUGGACUCUGUACCAAUACAGUGGAGCUGAGGAACGGUCAGGCUCUCCUGUGUCCAGCUGUGUGUCCUUUAAGAGUGACCAGUCCAUGGUAGAACCACAUAACUUCAAAGGAGGAUCAGCCCCUCAGAAAAGUGGAGCUGAGAAACGGUCAGGCUCUCCUGUGUCCAGCUGUGUGUCCAUGAAGAGUGACCAUUCCAUGGUAGAACCACAUAACUUCAAAGGAGGAUCAGCCCCUCAGAAAAGUGGAGCUGAGGAACGGUCAGGCUCUCCUGUGUCCAGCUGUGUGUCCUUUAAGAGUGACCAGUCCAUGGUAGAACCACAUAACUUCAAAGGAGGAUCAGCCCCUCAGAAAAGAACUGAGGAGAGAUCAACAUCCCCUGUAUCUAGUAGUGUGUCCGUGACGACUAACCGAUCACUGCCUGAGCCUCCCAACUUAGAGGGAUCUGUCCCUCAGGAAAGUGGCACUAAGGAGAGAGCAAAGUCCCCUGUAUCCAGCCAUGUGUCUUUGAAGAGUGACCGGUCACUAUCAGAACCUCCAAACUUCAAAGGGGGAUCAACCCCUCAGGAAAAUGAAACCAAUGGAAGGUCAAACCCCCGUAUACCCAACUUUGUGUCCUUGAAGAGUGCACGGUCAUUGCCAGAACCUCCAAACAUACAAGAGGGCUCAGCCUCUCUUAAAAGGGAUAAAGAAAAGACCUCAAACUCUGAAUCCAGUCAUCAGCCUUUGAAGAAGGACCAGGAAAAUGAUUCUCCCCCAAAGCCAAGAGAUCAACCGGGGUCACAGUCUACUGUGACAAGUGACAAGCUUCAGAAGAAAAUGACAUAUCUCUUCAACAUCUUUAAUGAGCUUGAGAAGAAAAUAAUUGCACUUGUAAAGCAUGAGCUGGAUAUAUAUAAGAAAAUUCUGAGAAAUGAAAACACAACAUAUUAUAGAAAAGCAAAACAAAGCAAAUUGAAAAUGGAAAGCAAAUGGAAUUUGAGACAUGGGGUUCUUAAUAUGACACUCUCCUACCUGAAGAAGAUGGAACAUGAAGACCUCGCUGACGCACUGCAAAAUGAGCUGAUUGGAAUUAUACAGCGUCCACUCAAAGAAGACCUGAUAAAGAAAUUUGAUCGUGUAUGUGAAGGAAUUCCAAAGCAAGGAGAGUCCACCAGUCUAAACACCAUCUACACAGAUCUGUACAUCACUGAAGGUGGAGCUGGACAGGUCAACAAAGAACAUGAAGUGAGACUUAUUGAAAAAACCAGUGUAACAAGACACACAAAUCAAAUGGAGCAAGAGGUACAGAUCAAAUGCAAGGACAUGUUUGUAUCUGAAGAAGACAAACCCAUCAGAACUGUUCUGACCCAGGGGGUUGCAGGUAUCGGAAAAUCAAUCUCUGUGCAGAAGUUUAUUUUGGACUGGGCUGAAGGUAAAGAAUAUCAGGACAUCCAGUUCAUCUUCCCACUUCCCUUCCGAGAACUGAACCUGAAGAAGAAGGAAUGUCAGAGUUUAAUGAAAACCAUCAAUUUAUUUUUCCCAGAGACACAAGGACUAAGAUUAACUGAUCAGAAUAAAGUCCUGUUCAUACUUGAUGGACUGGAUGAAUGUCAGCUUCCUUUGGAAUUCCAGAAAAAUGAAAUCUUAAAUAAUGUUACAAAAGCAGCCCCACUGGACGCUGUGAUGACGAACCUCAUCAAGGGAAAUCUGCUGCCCUCUGCUCUGAUCUGGAUAACCACUAGACCAGCAGCAGCCAGUAUGAUCCCUGCUGAGUGUAUCGACCGAGUGACAGAGGUGCGCGGCUUCAAUGAUGAGCAGAAAGAGGAAUAUUUCAGAAAGAGAAUCAGUGAUCAGGACCUGGCCAACAAAAUAAUUGAUCACAUCAGAGAAUCAAGAAGCCUCCACAUCAUGUGCCACAUCCCUGUCUUCUGCUGGAUCUCAGCCUCUGUACUUCAGAGAAUUCUGGAAGAAACAGCGAGUGAAGACACACCAAAGACACUGACACAAAUGUACACCUGCUUUCUGAUCUUUCAGACCGUACAAGGGAACGCAAAGUACAUUGGAAAGAAUGCCUUGGACAUACCGUGGGAUGAAGAAGGCAUUCGCUCACUGGGAAAGUUGGCUUUUCAGCACUUGGAAAAAAACAGUCUGAUAUUCUAUUCAAGUGAUCUAGAAGCCUGUGAAAUUAGCCUCAGUAAUAUAUCCGUGUACUCAGGAUUGUGCACUCAGGAGACAGUCAGAUUUCAUGACACAGUUUUCAGUUUUGUACAUCUCAGUAUUCAAGAGUUCCUUGCUGCUGUAUUUGCAUACAUUUCUUUAAAAAAUGGCACCAAGAAUGUUUUAGACCAUCAGUCUGAAUCACAGGAGAGCAAGAAAACAGAAGUCAUUGAUUUGCUCAAGACUGCAGUAGACAAGGCUUUGAAGAGUGACCAUGGACACCUGGACCUUUUCCUUCGCUUCCUUCUGGGUCUCUCACUGGAGUCUAAUGAGAAGCUCAUCCGAGGUCUGCUGACCCAGACAGGAAGCAGGUCUGACUGCCAGAAAGACAUAGUGGAGUACAUCAAGUUAAAGUUUAAGGAAAAUCCAUCUCCAGAGAGAUCAGUCAAUCUCUUCUAUUGUCUGAAUGAGUUAAACGAUGAUUCUCUAGUGAAAGAGAUCCAGAGUUACAUGAGCUCGGGACGUCUCUCUGAAGCUGAACUCUCACCUGCACAGUGGUCAGCUCUGGUCUUUGUGCUGCUGACAUCCAAAGAGAAGCUGGAAGUGUUUGAGUUAAAGAAGUUCAUCAGAUCAGAUGAGUGUCUUAACAGGCUGCUACUGGUGGUCAAGGAAGCCACAUCAGCUCUGCUAAGUGACUGUAACCUGACAGAGAGAAGCUGUUCAGCUCUGAUUAAAGUUCUCAGCUCAGAAUCCUCUAAGCUGACUUUUCUGGAUCUGAGCAGGAAUCCUAUACAGGACAGAGGAGUAGAGCUGCUCUCUGAAGGACUGAAGAAUGAAAACUGUAAAUUGGAGAAUUUGGGUCUUUCAUGCUGCAGUAUAACAGAGGAAGGAUAUGCUGCUCUGGCUUUAGCUCUGAAAUCAAACCCCUCAUCGCUCCUGAUAGAGCUGGAUCUCAGAGGGAAUGAUCCUGGAGAUACAGGAGUGAAGGAGCUCACUGAUCUACUAGAGGAUCCACACUGUAAACUGAAGACACUGAGGUUGUUAAGUCCUGCUGCAGAGGAGGUCUGUGAUUCUCUGACUAAAACUCUAGGAAUAAACCCCUUACUGCAGAGAGAGCUGGAUCUGAGUGGGAAAAUACAAGAUGAUUCAGAAAUGAAGAAGAUCUCUGAUCUACUGGAGGAUUUACACUGUAGAACUCAGAAACUGAAGCUGAAUAAUAACAGUAUUACAGAGAAAGGCUGUGCUGCUCUAUCAUCAGCUCUCUGUUCAAAUCCUUCACACCUGAUAGAGCUGGAUCUGAGUGAGAAUAAACUAGGAAACUCUGGAGUGAAUCAGAUCUGUUCUCUACUGAAGAAUUCAAACUGCACACUUGCAAAACUAAAUCUUUCAUUUUGCAGUAUUACAGAGGAAGGCUGUCCUUUUCUGUCAUCGGCUUUUUGUUCAAAUCCUUCACAUCUGCUAGAGCUGGAUCUAAGCAAGAAUAAACUAGAAAGCUCUGGAGUAAGGCAGAUCUGUUCUCUACUGAACAAUCAGCACUGUAAACUGCAGAAACUGGGUCUUUCAGACUGCAGUAUAACAGAGAAAGGAUAUGCUGAUCUGGCUUCAGCUCUGAAAUCGAACCCCUCAUCAUACUUGAUAGAGCUGGAUCUCAGAGGAAAUUAUCCUGGAGAUACAGGAGUGGAGCUAAUCAUUGAUUUACUAAAGGAUCCAAACUGUAAACUGAAGGCAAGGUUUUUGAAAACUGCUGCAGAGAAAGCCUGUGAUUCUCUGACCGAAGCUCUAGGAAAAAACCCCUUACUGCUGAAAGAGCUGCAUCUGAGUGGGAAAAUACAAGGAGACUCAGAAAUGAAGAAGAUCUCUGAUUUACUGAAGGAUUCACACUGCACAACUCAGAAACUUAAGCUAAAUAAGUGCAGUAUUACAGAGGAAGGUUGUGCUGCUCUAUCAUCAGCUCUUUGUUCAAAUCCUUCCUACCUGACAGAGCUGGAUCUGAGUGAGAAUAAACUAGGAAACUCUGGAGUGAAGCAGAUCUGUACUCUACUGAAUAAUCAGUGCUGUAAACUGCAGAAACUGAAACUUACAUUAUGCAGUAUAACAGAGGAAGGAUAUGCUGAUCUGGCUUCAGCUCUAAAGUCAAACUCCUCAUCACACCUGAUAGAGCUGGAUCUCAGAGGAAAUGAUCCUGGAGAUACAGGAGUGAAGAAGCUCACUGAUUUACAAAAAGACCUAAAAUGUAAACUGACACUGAGGUUUCUGAACACUCCUGAUGCAGAGAAAGCCUGUGAUUCUCUGAUUAAAGUUCUAGAAAUAAACCCCUUACUGCUCAGAGAGCUGGAUCUGAGUGGGAAAAUACAAGGAGACUCAGAACUACAGCUGCUUUGCUCUUUACUGGAAGAUUCACACUGUAAAAUACAGGAGCUUAGCCUCAGUAAGUGUAAUAUAACCGUGGAAAGCUGUGCAGCUCUAGCCAGCGUUCUCAGAUUGGAAUCUUCCAGUGUGAGAAAGAUGGAUCUCAGCAACAAUAAUCUUCAGGAUUCAGGAAUGCUGGACCUUGCUGGUGGACUGACUAAUCCAAAAUGUAAUCUGAAGAUUAUAAUACUUAAAACAUGUGCCUUAACGGAGGGAAGCUGUUCAGCUCUAGCUAAUGUUCUUAACUCAAAGGACGCUCACCUGAGUGAGCUGGAUCUCAGCAAUAAUAAUCUGGAGGACUCUGGAGUGAUGCAGCUCUGUGCUGGACUGAAGAAUCCACAGUCUGCACUUGAAAUAAUGAGACUGAGUAAAUGUAAUAUAGGAGAGGAAGGCUGUUGUGCUUUGGCCUCAGCUCUAAAAUUAAAUCCCUCACACUUGAUGGAGUUGGAUCUGAGUGGGAAUAAAGUAGGAAACUCAGGAGUGAAGCAGCUCUCUGAUCUACUAAAGAAUUCAAACUGCCUGGUACAAAAACUCAAAGUCAGUGAUAAUAAUGUCAAAGGUGAAGGAUAUGCUGCUCUGGCUUCAGCUCUGAAAUCAAAUCCCUCAUCACACCUGAUAGAGCUGGAUCUCAGAGGGAACGAUCCUGGAGAUAAAGGAGUGAAGCUGCUCAUUGAUUUACAGAAAGACCCAAAAUAUAAACUACAGACACUGAGGUUGUUAAAAUGUUCUGCUGCAGAGGACAUCUGUAAUUCUUUAACUAAAACUCUAGGGAAAAACCCCUUACUGCUGAGAGAGCUGGAUCUGAGUGGGAAAAUACAAGGAGAUUCACAUAUGAAGCAGAUCUCUCAUCUACUGGAGGAUUCACACUGCAGAACUCAGAAACUUAAGAUGAAUAAGAGCAGUAUUACAGAGGAAGGCUGUGCUGCUCUAUCAUCAGCUCUUUGUUCAAAUCCUUCACACCUGAUAGAGCUGGAUCUGAGUGACAGUAAACUGGGAGGCUCUGGAUUGGAGAAGAUCUGUGGGGUGCUGAGGAAUAAACAAUUCAAACUGUUAAAACUGCAGUAAGUUCUGAUUUAAAAUAAUACCUUAGUGGAUGGCAUAACAACAGAAAAUGAAGCCAAAGUGAGAUAUGCUAAUUAAAAACAUAAUACAUUGAUUAGAAAAUUUGAUUCCUGUAACACAUUCCAAAAAGUUG